AUGAAUCUAUUUGAUGUUGCUGAUUUCUAUAUCAAUAGAAUAGUUACUUCGGAAGCAAAGUCCAAGGCUUCUGUUUUGGAUAGUAGUAGGGUUAAGGCAUUGUUAUUGGAUAAGAACACUACUUCUACGAUUUCUAUGUGUGCUACUCAAAGUGAUCUUUUAAACCAUAAUAUUUAUUUGAUAGAUACAAUUGAAAAUAAAAACCGUGAUACAAUGAGACAUGUAAAGUGCAUUGUUUAUGUUAAACCUUCGGAUGAUACUAUUGAAUAUCUAUUGGAGGAAUUGCAGAAUCCUAGAUAUGCCGAUUAUUACAUUUAUUUCAGUAAUACGGUUAACAAGUCUCAGUUGGAACGUUUGGCUGAAUCCGAUGAUAUGGAGGCAGUUUCAAAAGUUGAAGAGAUUUUUCAAGAUUAUCAGAUUUUAGGUGAGGAUCUAUUUUCACUGGAGAUCCCUUCUAAGACUUUAUUCCGCAAUCAAUUGCUAUGGGAUGAAAUUGGUUUAGAAAGUUGUAGUAAUUCGUUGUUCUCUCUAUUGUUGUCAUUGAAAUUGAAGCCUGAGAUCGUUUACGAAAAUAAUAGUAAACUAAGUGCUAGAUUGGCUAAAGAAGUCUCGAAAAAAAUAUCAGAAAAUGAAAAAAGUUUGUUCGAUUUCCCUAGAAAGGAUUCCCCGCCAUUAUUGAUUUUACUAGAUCGUAUGAAUGAUCCGGUAACUCCUCUUCUUCAACCUUGGACAUAUCAGUCAAUGAUAAAGGAAUAUAUUGGGGUCACCAGAAAUAUUGUGGACUUGUCGUCUAUUCCUGACAUCGAUAAAGAUUUAGAAAAAGUUACGUUGUCUUCAAAACAAGAUCAGUUCUAUAAUGAAACUAUGUUUCUGAAUUUUGGUGAAUUAGGGGAUAAAGUAAAACAAUACGUUGAGACUUAUAAAAGAAAAACACAAUCGAACAGUCAAAUAAAUUCCAUUGAGGACAUUAAAUCAUUCAUUGAAAAAUAUCCAGAAUUUAGAAAACUUUCAGGAAAUGUAGCAAAACAUAUGGCAAUAGUAGGUGAAUUGGAUAGACAAUUGCAGGCUAAGGAUAUAUGGGAAUUGAGUGAACUAGAACAAAAUUUGUCGGUUCAUGAUGAUAACCAAGAAGAUUAUUCUACUCUGUUAAAACUUUUGGAUUACCCAGAUGAAAAACUCUCUCCAUACUAUAAAGUCAAAUUGGUGACUCUAUAUAUAGUAAGGCAUGGUGAAAAACAUCCUCAAAAAGUAGAAGAAAUUAUAAAUAAACUUAAAUUUUCAGGUGUACCAAUAGAGGAUGUAAAUUUCUUACAUUAUUUCUUCAGUACAAUGAACGCAAGAAAUUCGACAAAUGUCGACCUAUUAAGUGGAACAAAUAAUGAAACACAACAUAAAGAACGUGAAGAUAUUUUAAGUGAGUUAGCUAAAAAGUUCAAUAACCGUAUGGGUAGAAGAGAUGCAAACCGUAAAAGUGGGAAUAUAGCGGAUAAUGUGUAUAUGCAACAUGUUCCUGAUUUAUCCGAUCUCUUAUCUGAUCUAUCUAAAAACAAAUUGCGUGCGAAUACAAGAUAUAAGUAUUUCAAUGCCAAUGGUAAUAAAGGACAUCAUAUGGCACCUCCACAAGAUGUAAUCAUCUUUUUUGUAGGAGGUGCCACAUUUGAAGAAGCUAGACUUGUUCAUGAAUUCAAUGAAACUAUGAAGAGUAAUCACGGUAACAUUAGAUUAAUUUUAGGUGGUUCGAAUAUGGUAUCCACAAAGGAUUUUAUAGAUUCAAUGAGAAAAUAA